AUGAAGUUCUUGACUGAUGCUUUCGCGUCGGAACAUGGAACCCGCGGCCGUACCUUCUGGGAUCAGCUCACUCGUCUGCCCCAUAAAGACUUGACCAUCCACGAUCAACUCAUCAAUCCUAGGCGAGGAAUGAGAUUGGACAAAACAAUCCAUCAAUCAUUCGGCCACCCUGUCACCAAUACCACCACCCCGGUAUAUCAGGUGACCUGCCCGGAGGAUUUGGAGCCCGAGGAUCAACGGAUGGAAGAGUUGGAGCAACUGUUUGACAAGUGGAACGAUCCUCAGUUGACUACAGCCCAGCGGUUGAGAAAUGGAGAAACAUUGUCUCCUGGUUUUGCCCUUUUGGUCAGGAAAGGUGAAGAUGGAGAGCCAUGUCACAUUAUGUUUAUUUCCAAUCCGGUCUUGACCAAACCGGAUAUAUUGGAACCCAAUACGUGUGGAGCUCCGGCUCCCCUUGGGGAAAUUGUCACCAAUGAUCUUGCGCGCCAGUAUGUUAGUGAUCCCACAAAACAGACCCAUUUUCUGUUGGGAUCAAUGUCCGGACAUACUUUUGCGUCCCCUUUGACGGGCAAUCGAAUUGACUUUGCCAAAGCUCUUCUUCCUGUUUUGAUGACAGAUGGAGAUGCAAUUGGUAAUAAACCAUUCAAUCGUGAUGCUUGGAAAAUUCUUUUCUUUCCAACCAUGUCUGCUUGUCCUGUGGGUUUUGUUUGGCCUGCGAGCGGCGGUUUUGAUGAAUUUCAGAAUAGUAUUGCUAAUCGGAAAAAGGUCUUCUCGGGUCUUCUUCAUCUAAUGAAGACACGAAAGCCAAUUAUUGAAUCUUGGUUCACGGCCGUUAAAGAUAGUCCUGCAAGUUUUGCUGUCCCUGUUGUGGAUGCUAUGCCACUCUGGUAUUCUUUCCCCACCAAGGAAGAUCUCGACAACGAUCAAGUUUUGGAUAAGGCUUUGCUCUCCCCAUUCCAAGAACAAAUGGAUCGUUUCCUCAGAAGCCAUCUCAUGCAAAUCAUUUAUCGCAGUGCCUCUUUGCCAACGUCGCCUCUUGGAUUCAAGAUGCGUGCUCGUGUCAAGAUGCACAACAUGCGUGUGUCGGAUUCCUUUCCUGAAGCUUUGGGUACAACUUUACCUGCUGAAUGUCAAGCCUUUGUCAACUACCUCUUCCCAUAUGAAGAUGAAGAAAGGUCAUGGGAUGGUCGUGUAUCCAAAUGGUACAAGUUGCUGGAUUUAGAUCCUGGGAGUGAGGUUCCGGAAUCGUACUUGCAAUAUACACCUCGACCACUCCCAUCCUCUGCUCAAGAUCCUGAAGGAUAUGUUGCCCAACGGUUGCCGUUGCCUAGUGCAGCACCUGCCGGUCUGCCUGUGGAUGAUGACAUGGCAGAGUUCAUUCAGGCGGCUAAGCGCCACAAGCCUAGCUUGCGUCAAGCACCAAUUCGUACACCGGUACCAGCUCGUGGAGAUUUGAUCGUCCUUACUGAGGAUGGUCAUUUCGAAGAUGGGCACGGAACUAAUUAUGAGCCACCUGAAGAUCAUGCUGGGACCCAAUCUUUUGCGGAUAGACAGCUGCCAGCGGUGACGCCAUCUCCUUUGCAAAAUCGUCACAUGGGUGUCAAUCAUCCCAAUUCCAAUUGUUUCCACGAUGCCACAGGAGGUAAUCCGUUUGCUGGUGUUAUGAACGGUACAAACAUACCACUCCAGUCGCCAGCCCAAGGUAUGCCUCCUAAUGGAAUCCACAAUUCAACAUGGAAUUCUCCAUUUCAACAAGGUCCACGAGUCCAAAUUGAUCCUACCCCUCGGGGCCCGUCCCCGUUUGCUGGACAUAACACAGGAUUGCCGACGCCUGGGUUGCCAACACCGAUGCACCAUCAACAGAUGUUUCCAGCAUCGCCAGGGAUACCUUCUCCUCACAUGUAUACUGCUUCGCAUCCAAACCUAUCUUAUCCCGCAGGGUACGGAAGUGCAAUGUAUCCGAUGGGUUAUUAUCCGGCCCAUCCCGGAUUCACCACAAACAAGCCAAAUUUGCGGUCCAAAUAUACCCCUGUGCGGACUGCCAGUAUUAACUCGGACAUGGAGCGCAUUUGUUGCCCCCCGGAAUUGAAGGCAAUUGGAUAUUGGUUGUUGCAUCCAGUCCCUCCUACGGUGGGGAUGGUGCGAACAUCUCUCGGUGAUCGAAUGGCAUCUGACGUUCUCCAAUUUGGACUACCAACAGAAAUUGGGCGUAGAUGUCUGGAAGGUUUUGAUUACAAAAAUGAUGGCAGUGUGGCUGCGAAUAUUGUUUGUACGGCUAUAGAGUACCGAACCAAAUACCAAUUUGGAACAUUCUCGCAAGUUGGAGAGCUACAAUGUGAUUUGCGGUCCGUAAUGGACAGCGCCUUCAUCAAGCGUAGUUUUGAUAUUGCUACAUGGUGGGUGGAUCCUGACAGCGCUCCACCACCAGGAACGUCCAAACGGUUUUCAUUGCUAGCAUUCCUACCCUGUAUUUCGGAAGACUUUUCUUCUGAUUACCUACCAAGUGACGGAUUAAGUUGGCAGCAGAUGAAAGAAUUUGCAAUGGUGAUAUACUAUCAUUUUGCACUCUUGGGCUCUACAAACCCAACUUCGGAUAACGGAGAUUACAAUGAUGAACUUUUCUGCAGUUCACUCUUUGGUCAUUGUUUGCGACACAUAUGUCAAUAUGUCCUGAACACAAAUUUGGGUCGUAGAUGGGCUCAGACACCUGCACAGUGUACAGCUGCUUACGUUCGCGAUUUAAGUGAACUAUUUCACAUUCUGAAGAAGUUCGUUGACCAUCGUAUUGGACAUGAUGUGGAAAAUUAUGGUAUUAGUGAUGCGUGGCCCACAAAUGACCGUAAUGCAGUAUUUAUGUCGGUGCCGUCAAAAACGAAUAGUGCAGGUUUUAUGGCUCAGACGGAGAGUGUAGUAAAUGUUCUUCAUGACUACUAUACUCGCAUACAGCGCAAUUGGGGAGCUGGUCGGUAUACUGCUCCAAACGAAUGUUCGUGGGCGAUGUCUUCUUCACCUUUCUUUGCCCCUGAAAAAGCUGCGCCUUCACGGCUUUUGGACCUACCAAAGCCAAAGACGACGGAGCGUACUCGGGAUGAUAAAGAGAAUGUUCCCUUUCGUAACACCAGUCCACUAUUUGUGUGGAAUCAUACUGUCACUCCUUUGGGAAAGAAAUCUCCGUCGGAAAUGUUAUACCCAGUGGUCCAACGGGGCACCUAUCCCUUGAUUGUGGAUCCUCACGCUAAACGCACUUCUGGUAAGAACACAUUGUAUCCCAUCUGUUUAAAUUCCACCUUUGAGGGCCAUUGUACUUGUUCCAAACCCGGGACUUGUAAGACCCACAAGGUGGGCCGCUAUGCUGGCAAAACUCGUCUUCAUAUCGAUUUGAAUGAUGCGCGUUGGUCCGCGGCCACCUACAAAGAAGAGGAUUGGAAGCCAAUUGUCGAUUUCAUAAAGAAGUAUCACGAUCAUAUUUUGCCGAGCAAGGCAUUCAAGAAACUGACUCCAAGUACAACUUGGUGA